AACCACUCAUUCUCAUCCUAGCCACUAAUAGGGUCUUUUUUGGUUUUGUCCAUUACCCAUCUUUUUGUACACAACAGAAAAAAAAAAACCCCACCAAUAAUCUUUAGAGAGAUAGAAACAUUGUUUUCAGGGAAGGAAGAAGAAUAAAAUAAUAACUGCUGAAAAGUUCCUUCUUCUCCCAAAAUUCUCUCUCCCUGGCAAUUUUUCUCUCUUUCUUUUCUUCUUAUUCAUAAUUUAUACGAGGUUUUUUUUUCUGCUAAUCCUCUGAUGCAAUUUGUUCUUAAGGUAUCAAUAUAUGUGGCAUUGUCUUCUUGUUGACAUUCUUGUCGUCUCGUCAAUUAUGAUAAAGCUGUUACCUUUUAUAACCAAUCCAUUGAUGCAGAUUUUAGUAUCCUCUAUCAUCGAUUAAUCUUUUCUUAAAUACUAAAGGGGUACAAAUUAUAAUUAUCCUCGUAUUCUGAAUUCUUGUCAUUUUUAAUUCCUCUAUUUAGUAGCAUUCUUUUUUUUCUUGUACCAAACUUAAGUUGUUGGUGAAAUUAUCAAUAAUGGGUUGUGCAACUUCAAAGCCAAAAGUAUGUCAAAAUUGCCACACACCAUAUUCACCUGUACGCAGAAGCUACUCAAUGUACAUACCAAAUAAGAAAGAUCAUAAUGAGAGUGAACAACAUUUGGUCAAUCUCACUUCCUCUACAUUAGGAUCAUUAAAACUUGACUCAAUGAACCUGAGUCAAAGUCUCAAUGAUGUUCAAUUUGCAUUCGAAAUCGAAAGUAAAGAUGAGUUGUUGAUUGAAGCAAGAACAUGGUCACAAAUGAUCAAUGAGAAAAUCCCAAAUGUUGUGAUUCCUAAAACACCAGUAAGAACGCCACCAGGUGAGCCAGAAACUAUUAAUGCUUGGGAAUUAAUGGAAGGUCUUGAAGAUAUUACUCCUCUUAAACCUCAUCUUGAUCAUAGUUUCUCUUUCCCUGUUUCUCAUAAUACAAAUAUAUCUUGUUUUGAUGAUCAUCUGCUUAAAGAAAAUGGCGAAGGAUCGCCGAAAAUGGCUGAUAAUGAGUCUAGUUUGCAUUCAAAUGACACAUCUAUAGUGUCUGAUUUUGAUCCUGAAGUGAUUUCUACAUUUAGAAAAGCACUUGAAGAGCUUCCGCCAGCUAACCCUUUUCAUUUGAAGCCAUUAAUCGUCGAAGAUCUUCAGGGAUCGGAUGAUGAGUCCGAGUCAAGAAAGGACUCGAAGAGAGAAAAUGGAGAAGUACUAACGGUGUAUAAUAAAUUGGUGUCUCGUGAGAUGGAAAAAUUGGUUAUUUACUUCACGAGCCUAAGAGGGGUGAGGAAAACAUACGAGGAUUGUUGUCACGUCCGUGUGAUUCUAAAGGGACUAGGUGUUAAGGUUGAUGAGAGGGAUGUUUCAAUGCAUUCAGGGUUCAAGGAGGAGUUGAAAGAAUUAUUGGGAGAUGGAUUUGCUAGAGGGGGAUUACCAAGGGUGUUUUUAGGUAAAAAGUACAUUGGUGGGGCUGAUGUAAUACGGAGAAUGAACGAGGAUGGGAAGCUCGAGAAGUUAGUAGAAAAUUGCGAACGAAUAGAGGAUGGUGAUGGUGGGAUUGGAGUUGGAAAUGGAGUUUGUGAGGCUUGUGGAGAUAUUAGGUUUGUACCAUGUGAGACAUGCUCAGGGAGUUGUAAAAUAUACUAUGAGGGAGAGUACGACGAAUUGGAAGUUGAGGACGAUGAAUAUGGCUUCCAACGUUGCCCGGAUUGUAAUGAGAAUGGACUGAUAAGAUGUCCAAUUUGUUGUGAUUAAGGUUCAUCAACAUUGUCCUGUUCUUUCCUUCUUUUUUAAUCCUUUUUCUGGUUAAUUGUCUUGAUGUUAAGAUAAUUGUUGUAUAGUAAGGAGUUUUUAUUGUGUUAGGAAGAUAAUGUAGUUGCAGUAUGAUAAACCAGAAACCUGUUCCAAGCUCCAGAGUUGUGUUAGAAGAGAAUGUCCUGUAGUACAGUUUCCAUGUUUCUCUUUGUGUAAAGCUUAUUGCACAUACUAAUGUAGUAAGGAUUUUAACUUAUAUACACAAGAAUUUGUCAGUGUA